AUGUUGAAAUAUAUUGUAUUUUUAUUAACUGUUUUCUCUGUUUUAAAUAUUUUACCAGUUUCGGGAUUUCUUAGUAGUGACGUUAAACAAAUACGAAGAGAAGCGAUAGCACCGGAUAAUGAUUUCCAAAUAGAUAGAAGACAAUCAAAUGAUAGAAUCGACCCAUUGGUUAUCGAAUCGCGGAAUAUUAUAACUGUGCCCCCGAACUGCCCGAAAGGACAAGAAUGGGUUCAAGGGCAGUGUCGUGAAGUAUGGCGUAAGGCUGCUAUACCCCCUAAAUGCUCCGCUUAUCAAAAUUUCGUCAAAGGCCCAUGUCGUGAAAUAUUUAUGAAAAAACUUUUGAGAGGUUCUAGACAAAGUAAUCCGGAAAAAAUCAAGAAUGGUCUACCAGGUGCAACUGAAUCAAGACGCGGCAUACUUAAAGUACCGGAUCUUAAAUGUCCUAUAGGUUCUAGAUUAGACGCUUUAGGCAACUGCCGUAAAAGAUUUCCUUAGGAAGCACAUAAAUUGCAUAAUGACAUGUUUAUUACAAAUUUUGACAAAAAAUAUUCAAAGGGCAAAUUUCCACUAAGCGAUCACACACGAGAGAUCGUAAGCACAGAGGCCAGUGUCAACAGUGACUAUGCACGUUAUCCCCAAUUUCGUAAUUCUGGCUGCAUACAAAUACCAAGGUUCUGUCAUUUGUUCGAAAAAAUAAAACGAACAAAAUGGUAUUGAAUUUGCAUACAAUAAAUACCCUCUGUUCGA